UGUUCAGCUUCUUAAGUCCGGUGACUAAGCUUUUUGGUAUUACUAGCUAGCUAACGUUAACGUUUAAUGUUAGCAUGGCAGAGGUUAAUGCUAGCUAGCUGAAGUUGCUAGCUGACCUUAGCUUUAUGGCUAACAUUUUUAAGUGGAUAACGUUGAAUGAAACCGGUGUGUUUGCAUACGCAGUUUGUGGCUAUACUCGCCGACAUGUCUUUUAUUUUGAAGUACGUCGACGUUAAAUCAUUGUACUUUCAUGUGAUUGAAAUCGUUCAACGUUUUUAGGGUUAACGUUAACGUUUUGUUCACUUUUCUGGAAGCCGGUUAAAGUUUUGCUUUAACUGUUACUGACUCGUCGUGUGUCUCUGCCUUCGUGGCUGUCUGAACACAUGCAGGCUAUAGUGGUCGUCACCCCCAGUCCAAGCCUGAUAGUGAAGAUGGAGACGAUACGUCCAUGACCUCCUUUGGUGUUGCCGUCCGAGGCCUCCCCCUGGCCUUGGCAUCCAUAACACAAGCCACCACCUCAGACUCACGCUUCCACCCUAAAUGGCGGGCGAUCACUGUGGCGACCCUGCUGGCUAUAGUGCUGAUGUUAUACCUGACAGUAGGGGACAGAGACACUGCCACCAGAGAUUACUACCGCAACAGGGCUCACGGUUUGCAAAAGCACAGCGGUGACAAGGAUGCCAUUUUCCGGGACGCUAACAGACAAACUGCACGAAGCCUCCCCCACCACCAGAGAAGGAAGACCCCUUACAAUGACACAUACCCGUUAAGUCCGCCAGAGAAGACAAAGCACGGCAUCCGCUACCGUAUUGGUGUGAUUGCAGAUCUGGACACGGCGUCGCGUAGCUCCAAGGAUCAGACGUGGUUCAGCUACAUGAAACGAGGAUACCUGACUGUUUCAGACAGCGCUGACCGACUGGAGUUGGAGUGGGAUGCUGAAACAGUCACACUGGAGAGUCAUCUCGCUGAGAAAGGACGAGGUAUGGAGCUGUCUGAGCUGGUGGCGUUCAACGGUCACCUGUACAGUGUGGACGACCGUACAGGUGUGGUGUACAGGAUCGAGGGCAACCAGGCUGUCCCCUGGGUUAUAUUACCCGAUGGUGACGGCUCAGUCUCCAAAGGGUUCAAGGCAGAGUGGCUGGCAGUGAAGGAUGAGCACCUGUAUGUUGGGGGCCUGGGGAAAGAGUGGACCACGACCUCUGGAGAAUACGUCAACAACCACCCAGAGUGGGUGAAAGUUGUUGGCUACCAUGGUGAUGUGCAGCAUGAGAACUGGGUGCCGUUCUACAAUGCCCUGCGGAGCGCAACGGGGAUCCAGCCACCAGGCUACCUCAUCCAUGAAUCAGCAGCGUGGAGCGAGCGUCUCCAGCGCUGGUUCUUCCUCCCUCGCCGUGCCAGUCAUGAGCACUACGAAGAGGCUGCCGACGAGCGGCGUGCCACCAACCUCCUCCUGUCCUGCGCCGCAGAUUUCAGCCACAUAACUGUGCGGCACGUCGGACCGCUCAACCCAACCCACGGCUUCUCCUCAUUUAAAUUUGUCCCAGACACAGACGAUCAGAUUAUUCUGGCCCUGAAGUCUGAGGAGGAUGCAGGCAGGAUUGCCACCUACAUCAUUGCAUUUACGCUAGACGGUCAGGUGCUGAUGCCCGAGACAAAGAUAGGGGAUGUGAAGUUUGAAGGGCUGGAGUUUAUUUGAGGACAGCGCUGAAGGUGAACACGUUCCUGAAGGUGAACACGUUCCUGAAGGCAAAAUCUGCAGGGGUCCUCUGUGGUUUAGAAGAGCAAGAAACGGGACCGUAUCAACACUGUUGUUUGGAGUUCUUAGUAUUACAUUCAGUUCUAUUGUGCAAUAAUGUGUGACCCAAAAUUAUAUAUUUCAUAAUGAUAUUGUAUGAUAAUUAAGGAGCAAGAGAAGGUUGAAGGACAGGAGGAUGCCACGCCAACCUUGGGGGUGGGGGGGACACUUAAUUAAGUGUCCCCAACAAUUGACCAAUCCAGUUUGUGUGGGACCAGUUUAGGCGGCCCAUCUGUGACUAGCAACGCACACCACUCACACAGAAAGUGUCACUAGCCGGUCACCACCCAAUACAAUUUUUAUGCUUUUAAAAUUAGACACUUUUUUUUUUUUUUUUUAAAUGUAUAAAUG